AUGCAGCUAGUUCAAAGAAUAAAUUUCUGAACUGUUGGAGUAACAGAUUUAUAAUCGAAAAAUGUUCGUAUUAAAAAUUCUGUAUAUUAUUAUUACUUUAACUGCGUGCAUCGCAAAUGACAACGAGUUCGAAUUUUGUGAUGCAUCUGAUGAAUAUGACGAAAAUUCGGAGAAAUGUUCUAUUCGGAGACAUUUUACACAAAAACGUUAUAUCCUUUAUGAUGUAAAUCCUCCAGAAGGUUUCAAUCUGAGAAGAGAUGUAUAUGUUCGUGUUGCUGUUUUUCUAAAAAGAUUGGCUGAAAGGAACAAGGAAUUUCAAUGGCAAUUGGUUUUACCACCAUGGGGUAAUCUGUAUCAUUGGCGAAGUAAAAAUGCAGGAUUACAAGAGCGUCUAUCCUGGAGUACCUUUUUUGAUAUUAUGAGUUUACAACAAUACAUACCAGUCAUUGAAAUGUAUAAAUUUAUGGAAGAAUACUCAUUUGGAAGCAAAAAAAUUCAACUUGAUUGCUUAUAUGUUCUGCAAAAUGAUGAAGAAAUGUUCAGGACAGGUAGAUUUGAAGAUAAAAAUGAAGUGGUGGAUUGCAAUCAUGAUUCUUUGCGAUACUAUAAGUUGGAACAACAUUUAUACACUGGUCCAUUCUGGGGAUACCAUAAUAUUACAACUCAGGAUGUAAAAUGUAUAACAUUUCAUGGUAUGGCAUCAGAUCUUUAUCAGAAUCUUAAACCAACACAGUACAGAUCUGUAAUGUUUGAUCAUAUGGAAAUUGCUCUGCACGACAAAUAUGGUUCUAAAGAAUAUUGGGAAGCCAGGCGCAGCAUGCGUUAUAAUUCCGAGUUGUAUAAUAUUGCGAGAAAUUAUAGAAAAACUUUUUUGAAUUCCACAGAUGAGAAUGAUUACACUGAACGACCUGCGGAUUGGACGAAAGAAAAAAGUCGGCGAAAUGCAAAAGGUGGUCCAUAUUUGUCGGUUCAUCUUAGGAGACGCGAUUUUAUCAUUGGCCACAAGUCGUCAGUGCCAACAAUAAAGGAUGCUGCUUCUCAAUUACAAGAAAAGAUGGAAAAACUUGGACUAAUGGUAUUAUUUGUGGCUACAGAUGCAGAGCAACACGAAUUUGAAGAACUGAAAUCAUAUUUAUCUCAGUACAAAGUCACGAAAUUUGUACCAUCUGAUUAUAUAAUAGAUAAAUUUAAGGACGGUGGAAUUGCCAUCAUUGACCAAAUAAUCUGUUCAUAUGCCAGGUAUUUUAUAGGAACACAUGAAUCAACAUUUACAUUCAGAAUACAAGAAGACAGAGAGAUUAUUGGUUUUGCAUCAGAAACUACAUUUAAUCGAUUAUGUAAGAGCAAUAAGAAAUGCGCGGCAGCUGGACAGUGGCAGAUUGUCUGGUGAAACAAUAAAAAAUGUUAGUAAUUUUAGUCUUUUUUAAUAGU